UCUGCGCUCCAUAAACAGACUCGCUUUUUAAUCAGUUUGACGGUCACCAGUUAGAGGAUUUGCCGAGUCCCCCCUCUUUCCUUGGGAGAAUUAGUCGGGUAACUCAGUUCUUAUUUGUUUGUUAACCCUUUUCAAUUAACUCAUCUGGUGCCCAAUCAAAUGGUAUGGGGUUGGAAUGCCCUCUUGCAGCGAUUCUACCUCUCACAGACGCACCCCAUACAGGAAACUGUUCCGCUAAAUCGUGCACGCCCUCAGUGAUCACUGGCUAAAACGCACCACUCUCCUACCCGUGCAAAGUUGACCGUCGUUGGAAUAUCUGCGGGGGAAUUUAACGGAAGUCGUUGGAUGUGGUGGAAUAUCACCUUGGACCGCGACGCAGCCCCGGAUCACUGAGCGGCACAUGUGAACGCUGCGUCUUUGCUUGCGUUCCGUUGAUACGGCAACCCGCAUUUGGAAAGAUGAGUCUGUCAGCACGGCACCCAGAAUAACGUUACAGCAACGUUUCAACUUUGGGGUUGAAUUCCUGUAUCUCAUUUUGGAAUUUAGAAAGUUUUGAUUGCCUUUUAAGACAGUGGAUGAUUUAUGUUUGGCGUUUGGCGAGGUUUGGAGUUAUGCUUGGAUAUUUUACAAUUCAAUGCGUCGAGACCACCUUGGAGUGCUAACGAGCAACAAGGGAAAGAAAGAAAUUUGUUUGGAGGGACGAAAUUGCAUCGGGGCACCAUUAUUUUCAGCUCCUUAACUCGGAUACCUUGUUAGAUUCACCAGGAUGUAUUUCUAUAUGUACGGUUUACUGCUGUUGUUUGAUGAAGUAGUGUUCUCCUGCGCCAGCUCCUCUGGGCUGCUGGUGCCCGUGGCGGUGGAUGGCGAGGCUGGCGUGGACUGCCUCAAGGCCAGCGACAUGUGCAACGGCAGCCCGCAGUGCAGCUCCAGCUACCGCGUCAUGCGCCAGUGCCUGGUGGGCCGCGACCGCACCAGCAUGCUGGCCAACAAGCAGGAGUGCCAGUCGGCCCUGGAGGUGCUGCACGACAGCGCCCUCUACAGCUGCCGCUGCAAGCGCGGCAUGAAGAAGGAGCUGCAGUGCCUGCAGAACUACUGGAGCAUCCACAUGGGCCAGAGCGAAGGUGAGGAGUUCUACGAGGCCUCGCCCUACGAGCCUGUGGAUUCUUUCCGUCUCGCCUCGAUCCUCUCAGGGAUGCACUCCUCCACCGUGCGGGCCACCACCCACUGCCUGGACUCCACCCGGCCCUGCAACCCCUGCCUGGAUGCCACCAAGGCCUGCAACCUGAACGACACGUGCAAGCGCCUGCGCUCGGCCUACAUCAACACGUGCAACAAGUCCCCGCCGCCCGCGCCCGACUCCUGCAACCGCAAGCGCUGCCACAAGGCCCUGCGGCAGUUCUUCGACCGCGUGCAGACCGAGCAGAGCUACGGCCUGCUCUUCUGCUCGUGCCGCGACACGGCGUGCGCCGAGCGCCGCCGCCAGACCAUCGUGCCGUCCUGCUCCUUCGACGAGAAGAAGGAGCCCAACUGCCUGGUGGUGCGCAGCAGCUGCCGCCUCGACCCCCUCUGCAGGUCCAGACUGGCGGACUUCCACACAAACUGUCAGAUGAGCUCCGAGUCCACCAACAGCUGCCCUAACGAGGACUACCAGGCCUGCCUGGCCUCAUAUGUGGGCCUCAUUGGGACCGACUUGACCCCCAACUAUAUGGACUCCACCCCCAUUAACUUCUCCAUCUCACCCAACUGCUCAUGUCAUGGCAGCGGCAACCAGGAGGAAGAGUGCAAGAGGUUCCUGCGGGACUUCAGAGAGAACACCUGUCUCCGAAAUGCCAUCCAGGCGUUUGGUUACGGCACCGACCGGCCCAAGCCCGCCACCGUUCCACCCACCACCUCGGCAAAGCCGGAGCAGGAAGUGAUGGUGCGCGUCACCAAGCCGACGCUGAAUACAAGUGAGAUGAAGCCAGAUGAGGACCCAUGUGCUUACCCCAUCUGUAACGACCUGGAGUAUGAAGAAAAAUGCAAUCCAAGUUGUGGAAGCAAGGACCCCUGGACGGGGGCCAUAAUGCCAGAGAGUGGAUCCCUCAGCGUCAGAGCCCACGCCUGGAUGUGGAUGACCGGCCUCACCCCUCUACUGGGCCUCCUCACUCUGUAAAGAAAAGUAAAUAUAUAAUAAUUAAAAAAAUUAAAAAUAACCAAGACAACUUAUAGUCAAGGACCAGGGAAUGUUUUAUAUGGGCCAGGCAGCAGCAAGAGGACAUGGGAAGAAUGAAGCCACACACAUUCAAACACACACACACACACACACACACACACACACACACACACACACACACACACACACAUACACCAGUCACCAACUCCAAACCUACCCCCACCCCUCACCCCCACUCUACACCCUCGCCUCGCCCUCCUCAGAGGGGACUCUGCGACACCAAACAGACUCUUUAUCUCCUCUGUGCUGCCUCAGCUUCCCUUCUUCCCUCCUUUCUUUCUUUCAACGACCAGGACGAUGGAUGGAGAGAGAGGCAGGCGGACGGACGGACGGACGGACUGACGGACAGUCUGCGGAGGAAGCCCCGCCCCCCUUGUGUUACAUAUCGUAGACUUGCUGUAGCCCAGCUACCAGCGCCGAGAGGAUGAAUGUGUGAAAGACAGAGGGAGAGACUGCAUGGUGGAAGAAAGAGAGAGAGAGAGAGAGAGAGAGAACACUGGGAGCGAUUUUAGAGGAGAGUGAGAGCAACACCAAAACAGUGUGAACAAGAGAGACGGAAGGAGAGAGCGAAAUGUUGGGGAAGCAAGAGCAAGCAAAACUGAGAGCCGACCGAAGGCUUGAAGGAGUGAAUGAAUUACCGAUUGAGUAGCUGUGUAAAUUAAAGAGGGUUGAAGUUAAGCAAGGAAUAGUUAUUGUCCAUGCCAUCUCUUAGAUUCCAAAGUGGAGGGAGGCCUUGGGUUUUAUUGACUCUGAGCGAGAGAGAGAGAGAGAGAGAGAGAGAGAGAGAGAGAGAGAGAGAGAGAGAGAGAGAGAGAGAGAGAGAGAGAGAGAGAGUGAGAGAGAGAGAGAGAGAGAGAGAAAGAGAGAGAGAUAGAGAGAGGCUUAAUGUCCUCUGCUGCCUAGCAGACCUCUUACUGACAGACUUAUGGUGUCCCGCUAGCGGACUCCACCAACACAGUAUUCUGUCUCCCAAACUGCCGAUACAGGAACACCUCCAAGUCUCCAGUCCCUCUUCAACAACCUCUUCAUUUCUCAAUCCCCACCUUUUUUACAGUUGGUGGACUUCUGGAAUCUUCUUUUUAUUUUUGCCACCACUCUUGCCUCAAGUCACGUGUGGAUUUUCCCCCUGGAUUACAUUUUCUCAAUACCAAGGCAUCCCCAAGUUAAUGAAGCUUCUCUGACUUUGUUACUUUUUUAUUAAGUUAUUUAUUUUUAUUCCAGAGCUACAGUGGAUAAUCCUUUUUUUUAAGUCUUUUUGAAAAGGAAAUGUACUUGACAUUUAAAUCUGGGCCCUUAUUGAACUUAUUUAAUGACGGGCCUAGCUGCUCCAUUUUAGUGCUGUAUUGUGUCACCAGAUUAUUUAAAGAAAAAAAGACGAAGAAACCCGUAAUUAAAAAUCUAUAUUGAUCAAAGGGAGACUAUGUAAAAAAACGGAACCUCACUUGUUAAGCUGUCCUUGUUAGAAAAAAGUGGGUGAAGGAUUCAUACAGCCACCCACGGAUGUAGAAUUUUGUUUUUCUUUUCUGUGACUAUAGAACAUUUCUUUCCUUCUUGUACAAAUGUUAAAUAUUAUGUACUGUCUUUAAGGAUCAAUUGCAGUGUAAAAUAUAUUGGUUUUAGGUCAAGCGCUUUGGGAACAAAUAUUGAUAUGAAAGGAAACAAAAUGUUUAUAUUGGAGGUGUUCAUGGAAACCAUACUUGGGCAGCCAUUUUGAAUAUUCUCACCCACCAUCUUUAAAAAAAAGGAUAUACAGAAAGGGGAUAGCUUUUUUUAAAAAAAGAACACCAUUCUGUGGAAUCCUAACUGUCAGUGUGUAAUAUAGUGUGCAAUUUCUCAUGUGGCCUUACUAUAUCCCAACCCAAGAAUUUCCAGUGUGAAGACAGUCAGCUCCUACAGUCAAAAAAGUGGGGAGAGCCAUAGAAAACAAGAUGGAUGACCAACUAAUGAGAAAAAAAAAAGACUUUGUUGUUUUGAAAUGUUCUAAAUGUUUCAAGAAUAGUGUAUCUUGCUUCACUAACAGCAUCAGUAAAAUGCACUAGAUAUAACUCCUGUAUUAACAUUCCAACACUGAACUCAAGUCAAGUGGUGGGCACUGCAGAGUGACAUUGGGGUGUGUACGAGUGAGAGAGAACGGAGGGGUUUUUUUGUGAAUGGUGUGGGAGCACUGUUUACUGUUUGUGUCUCUGGCUUGCUCAGCUUGCAUAGGCUACUGACCCCAUUAAAGCCAAGCAAAACGCACUUCAAUAAAUGCCAAUUACUGACAUGCUCAUCUACAGAGUUUUUUGAUAAAAAAAAAAGAAAGAAAGAUUGUACUCUACUGGUGGUGGUGGUGGUGUGGAGGACAAAUUUGACCACAAAGUGAUUGUACGGUUCAUUGUAAAUUUAUUGAUUAUAUGAUGCAGCUGAUUACAUAAAUAUAUCAUCAUUCCACAAAGGGU